AUGUUGUCUGCUGUCGGUUCCGUUGAGGAUAUCCAUCGCCUAAGACACGAACGUCUUACUUCACAGGCAAACCCAAAUCUUUCUUCCACAAACAUCGCUAGUCUCAACCACCAUGGGAAGUCUACCCGGCCACUGCUAGUGCCGUUUUCGCCGCUCACGCCGCCUGCGUCACUCUCUGGAACUCCGAUUCUUGAGGCCAAGGAUAACUUCCAUUUCGGCUCUUCGCUUAACCUCAAUGCGGUCGCUGCGAGCGCAUCCAUGCCCAAACAGAAGCUGGCUGCCGCUGGCAUUUCCAGAAAGUGGUUGCCCAACGUCGAUAUGGAGGUGGCCUUCCUCUGUGUCUUGUGGUAUGGCUUCAGUAUAGUGUCUGCCAAUUCGACCAAAGCCAUCCUACUGCGCUUUCUGUACCCCGUGACGCUCACGCAGUUCCAGUUUGUGCUCAACUCCGCGCUCUGUGUGUCGCUUUUUGCCAUUCUCUCUGCGUUCCCUAGAGCUGUCAGUCUGUUCCCCAAAGGUUCGGUGCCAGACCUCCAGGCACUCAAUUUCUCCGUGAAGAACUUUGUUACGCCUUCUUCUUUCAUCAUUUCCACCACAUUGCCGAUGGGAAUCUUCCAGUUCGUGGGUCACAUCACUAGUCACAAGGCCACCUCCAUGAUUCCUGUUUCCUUGGUACACACCAUCAAAGCACUCUCGCCUAUCACCACGGUUCUCAUCUAUCGUGUUUUGUACAAGGUGCGCUUCAAGAGAGUUACAUAUGUCACGUUGAUUCCCUUGAUGGUCGGUAUCAUGUUGACUUGUUACAGACCCAUGAACUCUUCCAAGGACCACGGCUACUUGAGUGGAUUGAUCUAUGCUUGUAUCUCCAUGCUCAUUUUUGUUUCCCAAAAUAUCUUUGCCAAGAAAAGAUUGACCAUCAAAGAUGAUGAUGAGAUGAAGCCUAAGCUGGAGUUGCCAAUGCACAAGAAGGACGAGACAAAGAAGCUUGACAAGUUGACCAUUUUGCUCUUCUGCUCCGUCAUUGGCUUCAUUUUCACCAUGCCUGUUUAUUUGAUCUCUGAGUUCCGCAACGAGCACUUCUCAUUGACUGAAGUGUCGCUGUAUCUCAUGUUUUUGAUUCUCUUGAACGGUGUCUCGCACUUCUUGCAAUCGCUUCUUGCAUUCUCGCUUUUGGGAAGCAUCUCUCCAGUCAACUACUCGAUUGUCAACAUUAUGAAGAGAAUCGCAGUGAUUGGCUUUGCUUUCAUGUGGGAAAGCACCUUCUCAUUCUCAGGCGCGCAGUCAUACGGUAUUGUGUUGACUGCCUUUGGUUUGUACUGUUACGACAGAUGGGGAACCUCGCGUAACUAG